UCCAGCAGCGUCCGGUCAGUCACAGCUUAGAGCUUAACUAACACAGUCAUGCCAGGGCAGCGACCGACACCACCACACCGCUCUCCGAUGCUGCUGAUGCUGCUGAUGUUCUCCUGGCUGCCCUCGGGAGGCGCCCUAUCUCUGGCCCAGGAGCACCUCUCCGCUUUCCCGGGACCCGCAAACGUGCACUCCAGUCCUGAUGUCUCCAGAUUCCGGGAGUUGCGGAAACGCUACGAAGAUUUGCUGACCCGGCUUCGAGCGAACCAGACCCGGGAAGACUCGAACCCGGACCUCAUUCCCCCUGAAGUCCGGAUAGUCACUCCAAAGCUGCGACUUGGGCCAGGUGGCCACCUGCACCUGCGCAUCCCCCGGGUCGACUUAACUGAGGGGCUCCCUGCAGCUUCCCGCCUGCAUAGGGCCCUUCUCCAGCUGUCCCCGAAGGCGCGGAGCUCGUGGGAUGUGACGCGGCCACUACAGCGUCAGCUCAGCCUCGGAAGCUCCCGGUCUCCCGCAAUACGCCUGCGACCGUUGCGGCGAACGGACCAGUUGCUGGAGGCGUUGUCUUCUGCACAGCCCCAGCUUGAGCUGCACUGGCGGACAAGCGCCACCAGGGGGCGACGCCACGCGCAUGCUCGCACCCGGGACGGUUGCCCGCUCGGGGAGGGGCGCUGCUGUCGCCUGCAGAGCCUGCGCGCGUCGCUCGAGGACCUGGGCUGGGCUGACUGGGUGUUGGCGCCACGCGAGCUGGACGUGCGCAUGUGCAUCGGCGCGUGCCCGAGCCACUUCCGAUCGGCUAACACGCACGCGCAGAUGCAAGCGCGCCUGCAUGGCCUGAACCCUGAUGCUGCGCCUGCCCCAUGCUGCGUGCCAGCCAGCUACGAUCCGGUGGUGCUCAUGCACCAAGACAGCGACGGCCGCGUGUCACUCACGCCCUUCGACGACCUCGUGGCCAAGGACUGCCACUGCGUGUGAGCGGCCCUGGUCCUUCACUUAUGGCACAAAUGCAAUGGAAAUGACUUCAGUUGUCCUUGUCUGUCUAAUGGGCUCGUGGAACCUGAAAUACCCGAUUCCUAACCAUUGCUAUCUGCUCCCUCCUGGCCCAAACCUAUGUAUUUAUGUAUGUAUUUAUUAUUAAUUUAUUGGGGUGAUCUGCCUGGGUACUGGAGGGCUGGGGAGGGGUGGUCUGACAGGGUGUUGUUUAUGGAAAACUCUGGUAAUAAAAAUGAAGCUGUCUGACCUGA